AUGUUGCCAUGUGUUCUCCGGUUCCAGCCUCUCCUUGUCUUGCUCUCUUCCAUCUCGCCGUCCCGGGGGGAGAGCUGCCCCACUAGCUGCCUGUGCCCAGACCCCCACACCGUGGACUGCAGCGGCCGGGGACUCACCAGACUCCCGGAGGCCAUCCCCCUGGACGUCCGGCGGCUCCUGCUGUCCGACAACUGGAUCCCCCGCAUCCCCGCCGACUUCCUGGUGCUCUACAGCGACCUGGUCUACCUGGACCUGCGGAACAACUCGCUCUCCCGCAUCGAGCCGGGGACGCUCAGCACCUCUUCCCGGCUGGUGUUCCUGGACCUCGGCAGCAACAACCUGACAGAGAUCCCCCGAGGGACGUUCGGGGAGUCCCGGAGCCUGAUCAAACUCCGCCUGGGCAACAACCCCUACCUGAGCAUAGUCAGCGAGGACGCCUUCCUGGGCCUCACCUCCCUGCGCGAGCUGGAGCUGGAGCGCAACGCCCUGUCCGGCCUUGAGGUGGGGGCGCUGAGCAAGCUGCCCUCCUUGCGGGUGGUUCGCCUGGAGGGCAAUCCUUGGGUGUGCAAUUGCAACUUUGCCAACUUGUUCGCCUGGCUGGUGGCAAACAGACAUAAGCUUCCAAACGGUGUGGAGGAUAUGGAGUGCUCCCUCCCCACGGACGGGCGGAUGGUGGCUCUGAGCCAGCUCUCCGAGGACAGUUUCCGGGAGUGCCAGGUCACCCUCACCCUGACGGACUUCCUCAUCAUCAUCUUCUCGGGCAUCUCCGUGUCGGUGGCCGCCAUCAUGGCCAGCUUCUUCCUGGCCUCCACCGUUCACUGCUUCCAGCGCUGGAGCAAGGGAGUGAAGGGCGAAGAGGAGGAGAACGAGGAGUAA